AUGUUUAAUAAAAAAUUAUUAGUAAUCAAAUCAGAAUGUUAUUCACAACAUUAAAUAGAAUAAUUAGCUUAGAAAGGUAUUCAAACUACUAAUUUGAAUCUAUUGCAAUUUACAUAUAAAUAAUUUGAAAUAGAUUAAGACAUUAAUUAUGAUUGUAAUACUAAAUUUAUAAUAAUUGAAAGAUGUUCUAUUUCAUAGCAUUAAUGGAGUUUAAUCUUAUAUUCAAUGUCAAACUAAAUGUUAAACAAAAAAUUAUUUAGUGGUUGGCAAUAAAACUAAAGAAAAGAUAGAAAAAGAACUAGGUUGUGAUUCAAUCUAGGUUUUUAAUAAUUAGAAUGAACUGACAAUGUAUUUGUUAUCAUAAAAUUAACAGUUUAAUUUGUUAUACAUUAUUGGUAAUUUGUCAGAAAUAGGAAAAGAACUUUAAAGUAUAAAUUAUCUAUAAUUAGAUAAACAUUAAAUUACAAUCAUUGAAGGUUAUUAAACCUUAUCAAAUAAUGUGUAGGAAAAGUAAAAUUUGGAUUUUAGAGAAUUUGAUUACAUAGUAUAUUAUAGCAAUUCAAAUUAUAAUCAAUUUAAACAAAUGUAAAUGGAAUUAAAGGAAAAUGUCCUUCAUAUUUUUAUAGGAUAAAAAUGCAGUUAAGGCCAUAAUGAGAAGAAUUUAAAAAUAUUACCGGUUCCAACAUUUGAAUGUUUAUUAGAAUGUUUAUGA